AUGCUGGGGGGCGCCGGGCUCCCGCGGCGGCGGCCGCAGCCCCUGCCCUGGCCCUGGGCGCCGCCCGGGCCCGCCGCGCUGCUCCGGCUGGGCGCGGGGGUCGCGCCCCCGCCCCUGCUGCUGGCCGCGGCGCCGCCCCCCGCCGCCCCGCUGCUGGCCGCGCUGCCCGGCUGGCCGGCCCCGGGCGAGCCGCUGCUGCCGCUGCUGCCGCUGCCCGCCGCGCCGGACCCCGCCGCCCGCGCCGGACAGUGGCUGUUUGGUGGCCUUCCUCCACCCGUGGGCCUGCCCCCCUCCUCCACUGUUGAGCUGGUGCCCUUUGUCCCACACAUCCGCCCGGCCGCCCUCCCAGCUCCUGUCGGCAAAAGUUGGGUAGACAAAAGGAUCCCGACCUGUAAGAUAUUCUUCAACAAUUCCUUUGCUCUGGAGUCCACAUGGCUGUAUCCUGAAGACUCGAGACUAUUCCAUGGGCCUGAGAAACCUCAUUUGUUGGCAAACCAAGUGGCCGUGUGUCUGUCCAGGCCUGCGCCUACGGUGGUCCUGGCCCCGCCGCCCAUCCCAGACGCCCGUCACGCCGGCCCGCGGCCGCGCACCAGCCCCGCCUUCGCCAUCACCGCCACCGCCGUGGUCUCCGUGGAGCCCCAGGACGGCAGAGGCCCGGCACCGCCCACCGUGCAGCCCUGCCACCUGCUGACGCUGGCGCCCGUCCAGCUGCCGCUGCGCCCCCGCACCGGCUCAGAGAGAAGCCGAGAGCGUGGCCGGGCCCCGGGGCCGCCCGCCCUGGUGCUGCACACGGAGCCGAAGGGCCCGGCCGGCGGCCAAGGAGAGAAGGAGCCUUCGUCCAUCCUCGUCCCCCGAGAGGACAGCGUGGCCAGAGGCAGCAGGCCCGUGGCCUCCACCCCGGUGCCCGGGUCGCCCUGGUGCGUGGUGUGGACCGGUGACGACCGCGUCUUCUUCUUCAACCCCACCAUGCAGCUGUCGGUGUGGGAGAAGCCGGGGGACCUGCAGCACCGCGGGGACCUCAACCGCAUCCUGGAGGACCCGCCCCACAAGCGCAAGCUGGAGGCGACAGCAAUGGACGGUGGGGCCGACUCUGCUGAUGCUGGGGACGCCAUGAGCAUGAGGACCAAGAGGAACCGGACAGACGGCAGAGCCAGCCCCAAGCCUGCGGACGUGGAUGGCCAGGACGGGAGCAGCAGGACGUCACCCCAGAUCCUCCUGCCGCUGGAGGAGCGGGUGGCCCACUUCCGAGACAUGCUCCUGGAGAGAGGGGUGUCCGCCUUCUCCACCUGGGAAAAGGAGCUGCACAAAAUCGUCUUUGACCCCCGCUACCUGCUCCUGAACUCGGAGGAGCGCAGGCAGAACUUCGAGCAGUUCGCCAAGACCAGGCUCAAGGAGGAGCACCGGGAGCGGCGGAACAAGCUGCUGCUGGCCAGGGAGGGCUUCCGGCGGCUCCUGGAGGAGGCCAAGGUGACCCCCAGGACCACGUUUAAGGAGUUUGCCGAGAAGUACGGCCGGGACCCGAGGUUCCGGCUGGUCCAGAAGCGGAAGGACCAGGAGCACUUCUUCACCCAGUUCAUCCUCGUCCUGAAGAAGCGGGACAAGGAGAACCGCCUGCGGCUCCGGAGGAUGAGAUGAGCCCGAGGGGGCCAUGGGCGGGCCGGGGCCCAGGGGCCGCCGCGGGGGCCGCAGGCUCUCGCUGAGGAUCAGUGUUUCAUAUUGAAGCUCUUUCGUACGACGUUCAAAGUCUGAUGCGUUUCUGCUCGACAGGGCCCGUGGGUCCUGGUCCAAAUCGUGCGGGUCACGUGUGGCACAUGCCAGAGAGAAGCACACGCGUGCCGUGGGCCUGAGCGGGUCGUCCCCGCCACCUGGAACCGCGUGCUGCGAGCCCCUCCCCUUCCUCCCUGUGUCCCGGUCUGUCCCGUGUCCUCGUGGUGGCAGUGGCCUGAGAAGGGGCCCAAGGCCGAGGCCCCGCAGAGAAGAGUAAUUUUGUACAAAUCCAUCAUGCUACAGUUUCAGUUAUUUUUACUGUAUGCCCAGAGUUUGCAUGAGAUUUUUCUCAUCAUCUUUGUAUAAAAAAAUUUUUAAUUUUUUUUAAUUAAAUAUUUUAAACCAG